AUGCGUCUCCUGCUUCGGUCACCUACCGAAACAGACAACAUGUGGGCAUGUCUUGCACAUGAGAUGUUUGAUGCAGCACUCGAACCGUGUAAUCGACCAGGCCGGUUCGACUUUCUCCACUUCCGCCCAAACCCCAGCAGCUCUGCCGCGCGCAUUGCUAAAGUAUCACCACUUUGGAACGACUACCUCCAGCUCUUCCACCGUGUUGUCGCUGUUGCAACCCAUCUCCAAGCCGACGUGUGGAACCGAGCGCAGUACCGAGUGCUACCAGUUGGCUACUGUUUCUACCAUAUGCAGCUAGUCCCCCCUAUGCUCGUGGUUCUCUGGACGAUCACAGCAGGCGUGAUGCGGCCUCUCUGGAUCUAUCUUAACAAAGUCAAAUACGAAGGUACCGCUCAUACCUCUGUCCCUGCCAUGCUGGAGCUCGUCUUCUUGUAG